GAAGGGAAAUUAAAAAAAGAAAAAAGAAGAAACUCUCGCCCCCUGGGAACACCCAAACUCAACUCUGGCCGCGGCGGCCACCCCCACAACUUGCUCCCUUAAACUCGCACUCUAUUCUAUAAUAUAUCGCUCUCUGCAUAUUAACCUUGGAACUGGUUUUUGUGUUUCGUUGAGGAGCUGAACCAUGGGUAUGGACAGUGGCAGCAAGGAGCAGUCGCAUAAGGUCCAUAGGUCUCGUCAAGCAGGUCCCAAGAAGCAGGCGAAAUCAGAUAAAAAGAAGAAGACUGACGACAAUUCGACCGAGGAAAAGAAGCAAAACCCUAAGGCAUUUGCGUUUAAUUCAAGUGUUAAGGCCAAGAGAUUGCAGUCACGAGCUGUAGAAAAAGAGCAGCGUAGACUUCAUGUCCCUACUAUUGAUAGGUCUUAUGGUGAACCCGCGCCUUAUGUUGUUCUUGUACACGGACCACCUCAGGUUGGCAAGUCUCUAUUGAUAAAAUCUCUUGUAAAGCAUUACACUAAGCAUAAUUUACCUGAAGUUCGAGGCCCGAUUACCAUUGUGUCAGGUAAGCAAAGGCGAGUUCAGUUUGUGGAGUGCCCAAAUGAUAUCAAUGGCAUGAUUGAUGCUGCAAAAUUUGCUGAUUUAGCUUUGCUUUUGAUAGAUGGAAGCUAUGGGUUUGAAAUGGAGACAUUUGAAUUUUUGAAUAUUUUGCAAGUUCAUGGAUUCCCGAAGGUUAUGGGAGUCCUUACUCACCUCGAUAAAUUCAAGGAUGUGAAGAAGCUUAGGAAAACAAAGCAGAGACUCAAGCAUCGUUUCUGGACAGAAAUAUAUGAUGGCGCAAAAUUAUUCUAUUUGUCUGGUCUUAUACAUGGGAAGUAUCCUAGGCGGGAGAUUCACAAUCUUGCACGGUUUAUAUCUGUUAUGAAGUUCCAUCCAUUAUCUUGGAGAACUUCUCACCCCUAUGUUUUAGUAGAUCGUUUUGAAGACGUAACUCCUCCGGAACAAGUGCAUAUGAACAGAAAAUCGGAUAGAAAUGUCACACUUUAUGGCUACUUGCGGGGUUGUAAUUUAAAAAAGGGUACUAAGGUACAUAUUGCUGGUGUUGGUGAUUAUAGUUUGGCAGGAGUCACAGCCUUGGCUGACCCUUGCCCUCUACCAUCAGCUGCAAAAAAGAAGGGAUUGAGAGACAAGGAAAAGCUAUUUUAUGCACCCAUGUCUGGCGUUGGUGAUCUGCUGUAUGACAAGGAUGCUGUCUAUAUAAACAUAAAUGACCACUUUGUUCAGUUUUCAAAAGUUGAUGAUGAAAAUGGGGGAACAAAACAGAAAGGAAAGGAAGAUGUAGGUGAGGUUUUGGUGAAAUCACUACAGAACACCAAAUAUUCAAUUGAUGAGAAAUUGGAAAAUAGCUUCAUUAGCCUUUUCAGUAGGAAUGGUACUAUUGGAUCUGAAAUUCAGAAUGAUGUGAAAGAUAAUGACAAGCAGCAGAGACGUGGUAUAGAGUCUUUGGGGCAGGGUGAUCUUGGGCGACAAAGUGAACCAGAUGGGUCUGGAGAAGAAACUAAUACUGGAAGUGAUUCAGAAUCUUCUGAUCAAGAUGAAGUGGCUGCAAAGGAUGCUAUGGAAAAUGGGGAAGAUGGUGUUUCUAACAAAGAACAUGGUGACACAUCAAACCAUCAGGCUAAUCUUAAAGAUCAUGUGAAGCAGCAAGUUGAAUUUCAUGGGGGAAGAUUCAGAAGAAAAGCUACUUUUGGAGAUGACAUUGAUGAUAAGGAUCUGAAGGACUCUGAUGAUGGAAGUGAAGAUGAUGAUGAUGGCAAUGGUGAUCCAGGUGAUCUAUCAUAUUCUGAUUCAGAUGUACCAGAAGAAGAUGGAUACAAUGAAGACAAAGAUGAUGAUGGCCUGGGCAAUGUAUCAAAGUGGAAAGAGUCAUUGGCUGAAAGGACUAGCUUGAAAAGAAAUAUUAAUCUCAUGCAACUUGUAUAUGGAACUUCUGCAUCAACUGCUGCUCUUAAUGAAAAGCAGGAUUGCACUGACGAUGAGGAAAGUGAGGACGAGGAGUUCUUUAAGCCAAAAGGGGAAGGAAAUAAGAAAUUGAACGAAGGAUUGGAUGGUACAAAUAUAAAUACUGAGGACUGUUCCAAGUUUACAAAUUAUACUGAUCUUAAAAACUGGAAAGAGGAAGACAUAUAUGAAAGUAUCCGUGAUCGUUUUGUUACUGGUGACUGGUCAAAAGCUGCCAAAAGAAAUCAACCCUCUGAUGCUAAUAUGGAAGAUGAUGAUGAUGUUUAUGGUGACUUCGAAGAUUUAGAAACAGGUGAGAGAUAUGAGAGCUGUAAGAAAGAUGAAUCUGGCAAUGGUGCUCUAGAGAAAGAAGAUGAGCGUGUGAUGGAGGAGCGGAGACUGAAAAAGCUAGCUCAGCGUGCAAAAUUUGAUGCUCAAUAUGAUGGAUCUGAAUCACCGGAGGAGGAAGUUGAUGACAAAGAUGGAGCUAAGUUUCACCGAGUACAGGCCAACGAAAGUGGAUACUUUGAGAAGUUGAAGGAGGAGAUUGAACUUCAGAAACAAAGGAAUAUUGCAGAACUCAACGACCUUGAUGAGGUAACUCGAUUAGAGAUUGAGGGCUUCCAAACGGGGACAUAUGUGAGAUUGGAGGUGCAUGAUGUUCCUUUUGAGAUGGUUGAACAUUUUGAUCCCUGCCACCCGAUUUUGGUUGGAGGAAUUGGUUUUGGUGAGGAGAAUGUUGGAUAUAUGCAGGCAAGGUUAAAGAGGCACAGAUGGCAUAGGAAGGUACUGAAGACUAGGGACCCUAUAAUUGUAUCUAUUGGCUGGAGGCGUUACCAGACCACACCUGUGUAUGCAAUUGAGGAUUGCAAUGGAAGGCAUCGUAUGCUUAAGUAUACUCCAGAACACAUGCAUUGUCUUGCCAUGUUUUGGGGUCCACUUGCUCCUCCUCACACUGGGGUGGUUGCUGUCCAUAAUCUAUCAAACAAUCAGGCAGCAUUUCGGAUAACUGCAACUGCAGUUGUACUCGAGUUCAACCAUGCAGCAAAAAUAAUGAAGAAAGUCAAGUUGGUUGGUUACCCAUGUAAGAUCUUCAAGAAGACUGCACUAAUUACAAAUAUGUUCACUUCAGAUCUUGAAGUAGCUAGGUUUGAAGGUGCUGCUAUUCGAACUGUUAGUGGAAUCCGGGGGCAGGUGAAGAAGGCUGCAAAAGAAGAGAUUGGCAACCAACCGAAAAAAAAGGGUGGGGCACCACGAGAAGGAAUUGCCAGGUGCACCUUUGAGGACAGGAUUCUGAUGAGUGACAUUGUUUUCCUGCGUGCAUGGACUCAAGUUGAAGUUCCUCAAUUUUAUAAUCCUUUGACAACAGCAUUGCAACCUCGUGAGGAGAACUGGCAAGGGAUGAAAUCGGUGGCUGAAUUAAGGAGGGAAAAUAAUCUUCCUAUCCCUGUUAACAAGGAUUCCUUGUAUAAGCCAAUUGAAAGAAAGCUUAGGAAGUUUAACCCAUUGGUGAUACCCAAGACACUACAGGCAGCACUCCCAUUUGCAUCUAAACCAAAGGAUAUACCCAGUCAGAAACGGGCCCGACUUGAAAAUAAAAGAGCUGUUGUCAUGGAACCUCGAGAGCGACAACUUUCUAAACUUAUUCAACACCUUCAAAGGAUUAGAGUUGAGAAGAUGAAGAAGCGAAAGCUUAAGGAAGAGCAGAAGAGAAAGGAAUAUGAAGCAGAGAAAGCCAAGGAUGAGCAAUUGUCAAGAAAGCGGCAGAGAGAAGAAAGGAGGGACAGAUAUAGGGUGCAAGACAAACUGAAGAAAAGAAAAAGAAAUUCGGAGGAGUGAUUACUCUAGAGCAGGACUGUUCCAGAAAUCUUUUUGUGUACUGCACCCAGCUCUCAACAACCUCUUGUGGAAAGACCAUGCUUCCAUUAAUCCUAACACCUCAAUCUGCAAAAUUGCUGGCCGACCAUUUUUUGCAAGUUAUGAAACUUGGGCUGAUCAGGCAACCGAGAGAGUUUAUUCAGUUUGUUUAUUCGGCAAGUGUUGGUGUCACAGUGGAGGUAAGUUGCUACUAUCAAAGUUUUGAACUGUUACGUUCCAAUUUCUGGCAACUGUUUUUACACAUUGCCGUAAACUUGUUACUGAGUUUUUGUUUUUGGUAAUUUUGUUGACCCAUUAUUUCAGUAAAAUAGGGGAAUACUUGAAAAUGAUGUGGAAUUGACAUUCCUCGAGUUAAAGAAUCGAAAGAGGAAAUUUUGUUGAUGAAUUAACAUGCUGGUUUCUCUCA